AUGGUUUCAUGCCAAAAUCCUGAAUUUCAAUCAGUAUAUGAGUGGAAUCCAAUUUAUUGUAGCGAGAAUAUCUGUCGGCCAGAAUACGUGAACAACCAGUUCUCGUUCCAUGGGCUCUGGAGACGUCGUGACUUAAAACGUCCUCCCAAUAUCGAUUACACAUCGUUCGAACAAGAGGUUAAUGACAAUAUACGCGUCCUAGAAGGGCUAUGGCCUUCCAUUGUGGCCGGAAACACAAAUGAAAUUUUUUGGAGGAACGAGUGGUAUAAACAUGGCAGCAGGUCUGGCUUACUUGCAAGAGAGUACAUUAACAUGAUCAUAGGAGUAGCCAAUCCACAAGUUUUGAACAAUAUAUUCAACGAAGCUGGUAUAGUUCCGGAUGCUAAUAAUCCGUAUACCAGAGAUCGCAUUGAAGAUGCAAUCAAAAAGGCAACAGGUUUCCAUGCGCUAAUCAAAUGUGAGACUAAUGAAGAUGAUAAUCUAGUCCUAAAACAAGUACGUCUUUGUACGACUUAUUCUAUCAUAAACCAAGCUACAGUACCACUUCCUGCACAUUGCACACAAAAAAAAAAUCCUUCGUGUGGCGACGUAAAUCAGCCGCCGGCGAAUAUACUGCUACUUCCUGCGCCGCCCCUUGCACCAUAG